AUGGCGACGAAAGGGAACCCGGGAGAUAAUAGAAAUAACAAAGGUCCAAUGUCGAUUUUCAUUGUAUUUGCUUUGUGUGGUUUCUUCUAUAUAUUAGGUUUGUGGAAAAGGAGUGGUUUUGGAAAAGGAGACAACAUUGCUGUUGAGAUUACUAAACAUACAGAUUGUAGUGUUCUUUCCGAUCUAAACUAUGAGACUCAUCAUGGUGGUGAGGCUGGAACAAAUGAUGAUCCAAACGAACCAGUCAAAUAG